AUGCGACCAGGAGUCGGGAUAAUGAGGAGAAAUGAUACACCUGACUCCACCCAUAAAAUCAACGUAGGUGGCACAUGGACAUGCCGUUCAGUUGUCUACGAUUACAAUUGGCGGAUUUGUGAUAUGUUUGCAGUUGCGACCGCUGUUUCCCCGUUCACUUUAGUCGAGUACGAAGGAAGGGACUAUUUCGAAUAUCAUGGGCCGCUGAUUCCUCCAGUCGGCACGAAUGACUGA